AUUUCGCGACUGAAGGCCGGUCGAACGUGUGACGUCAGUGUAGUGCUGUGUUCCUUUCUUUGCCACGCGUUGUACGGUGAUAUUUAUUUAGAAACAGUGAAGAUAGGAUAUACAAGAUUUCUAUUUCCCUUAGGAUGGCGCCAAAGAAAAUCGAGGAGCCGGAACGGAAACCGCUUAUUGGCCGUGUGGGCACCAACUUGAAAGUUGGUAUAGUGGGCAUACCUAACGUAGGGAAAUCGACCUUCUUCAACGUGUUGACGAAAAGUCAAGCGGCUGCUGAGAACUUCCCCUUCUGCACCAUCGACCCCAAUGAAAGUCGCGUACCUGUUCCUGACUCAAGAUUCGAUUAUCUGUGCGACUAUUUCAAACCGGCCAGCAAAGUUCCGGCUUUCUUGAACGUCGUGGACAUCGCUGGAUUGGUUAAGGGCGCGGCGGAGGGGCAAGGAUUGGGGAACAGUUUCCUCUCGCACAUCAACGCUUGCGACGGAAUUUUUCAUCUUUGUCGAGCGUUCGAUGACGACGACGUUACUCACGUAGAGGGAGACGUGAACCCCGUGAGGGAUCUCGAGAUCAUUAGCGAGGAGUUGCGGUUGAAGGACAUCGAAUUCUUGAACGGCCAUCUCGAGAAAUUGGAGAAACUUGUUGUUCGAGGAAACGACAAGAAGCUCAAGCCUGAAUACGAUACGUUGUUGAAAGUGAAAGGUGUGAUGGUGGAUGAAAAGAGGCACAUCAGAUUUGCCGAUUGGAGUGCCACCGAUAUCGAGGUUUUGAACAAGUAUUUAUUCCUCACGUCGAAGCCGGUUAUUUAUUUGAUCAAUUUAUCCGAAAAGGAUUACGUGCGUAAAAAGAAUAAAUGGUUAAUCAAAAUCAAGGAAUGGGUGGACAAGAACGAUCCAGGGGCCAUUCUGAUCCCGUUCAGCGGCGUGUUUGAAAACAAGCUUCUCGACAUGAACGAGGCGGAACGCGGGAAAUACUUAGAAGAGAACAAGGUUACAAGCGCCCUCGACAAGAUCAUCGUUCAAGGAUACAAGGCACUGCAAUUGCAAUACUUCUUCACGGCGGGCCACGACGAAGUCAAGGCAUGGACGAUCCAGAGGGGUACGAAAGCACCACAGGCCGCGGGAAAGAUUCACACGGAUUUCGAGAAAGGAUUUAUCAUGGCUGAAGUUAUG